AUGAACAGGCUUCGGAACAUCAGGCACCUGGACCCCCUGCCGUGCCCCCCGCAGUGGGUCCCCACCCUGGGCCUGCUGCAGAGGACCCUCCAGAAGGGCGAGUACCUGCCCCUCUGCCCGCUGCCCAUGUUCGAGAGUAACUUUGUCCAGGUGACUAGCCGAGGGGCCCCCGUGUACGUGCACCACAGAAGCAACCACCUGACCAUGGGUGUGGCCGCCUCCUUGCCCGGCCCGGUGCUGCCAGACCUCCUGCUCAUUGCUCGGCCCUCCGAGGCCAGGGACUGCUCCAACCUCGUCCUCACCAGGAUGAUCCCGCUGGACCUGGUCCACCUGUACGUCCACAACCUGUCUGCCUGGCGCCUGAAGCUUUGCUUGGUCACAGGCCGAGACUACUACCUGGAGCUGAACGCCCCCGACAGCGAGGCGGCAUUUCUGUUUGACCGCUGGACCCGGCUCAUCCACCUGCUCCAAGAGCCGGCCACCUUCUGGGCCCCCAGGACCUUGAAAACGCCCCUCUCGGACCUGGCCCAGAUGGCACCUCCGGCCUCCACCUGGACCCUCCAGAACCAGUCCCAGUGCAGACGAUCAGCCUUGAUUGUUGACCCCACCUUUUCUUACAAGAUGCUGACGUUUCAGAAACGGAGGAAGGCCAAGACCCUCAAGCGCAAACUCAGGUCCCAGGCCGUGGGUGACUCCGUGCCUCUCAUCUGGUCUCAGCUGGUGCAGCCUGGCGCUAGGAAGAAAGCCACAGAGAAAAAGUCCCACCCGGAGCUCGGCCUUCAGGGCUCUCAGACCAAGAUCCAAGUUUCCGGGAAGCCCAGCAUCACCAUCCGGACCAUCUUCAGCAUCGUGUCCAGCACCAUCAACCACAAGCUGUCCUCUUCCGAGGAUCGUCCAGAAUCUGAGGAGGCAGUGGUCCUUGGCAGUUUAGUGAAGACCCCUUCAUAUUGCAUCUCAGAGGACAACCCUGAUAUUUCUUUGUUGGUCUCCUACGAUCACAUGGAUAUUCGGCGGAACAUGGAAGAGCUGUCGGACCUCGAGUCCAGCACCUUGUCCUCCGGCUCCCUGAGCCAGGACUCCUACUGUUCCAGCUUCUACCUGCCUGCCCCCUACUCCUCCUCUGUCCGCCAGCACAAGAAGAAGGCCAGGCCUCCACCCUCCCAGAAAACCCCCUCUAGCCCUCCCACCUCUUGGGAGGAUCCAUUCAUCCUUGACCAGGCCCUGAGGGUCUCAGCUGUGCCUGCUCCAUCCCAGAAGUCCCCAGCUGGACCUUUUGCUCCCCAGAAGACCCCAGUUCCACCUGCUGUCUCCCAGAAUUCUCCAGCCAUACCUGGUUCAUCCAGAAAGACCCCAUGUGUGCUGGCUAUUCCCCAGAAGGCCCCAGCCAUACCUUCCCUGUCUUGGAAGACCCCUCUUGUAUCAGGGAUUCCCCCAAAAGCCACACCCCGUCCUGUUCCAGACCAGAAAUCUCUGUUCCUAUCUAGCCCAUCCCCGAAGGCUCAGACUUCACCCACCCGAUACCAGAGGACGCUGGACCCUGCCGAUUUUGGCUCGUUGCCGAGGGGAAGACCUGUUGAGAAUGUGCUUCAGCAAAGCCAGCCUGAAGGGAAGACGCAGCCGUUGGUGCUGGUGGGCACCCAGGAGACACAGGUCGCAGAGAUGUGGGCCCGGAAGCUGCCUUUCCGUGCCACCCAGAAGGAGACAAAAGGGGUCGUGGUUAGCAAAGCCCAGGAGAUCACCCUGGAUGGCUUGAAGGGCAAGGGCAAGGAGGAGGACAAGGUCCACGGGAUGAUGGAGGGGAAAUCCCUGGAUUUGCCUGGCUUCAAGCCCAGGGUGAUGGGGCAGCAGCAGAAGCGGGUCAAGACCCGAGAGCUGGCCGUGGAGCGAGCCCUACAGGAGCGCAGACGGCCCUUCUCCGUGAAGGAGCUCACCUUUGCCAAGAUGGUGAUCCUAGCCAACUCCAAAGGGAUGCCCUUGAAGCCAGAACUGGUCGGUUUGCCCUCCUGGCUCUUGAUCCCACAGGUGUCUGCCAGGUCAACAGUGGGCCCGGAGUCCCUCAACCCCAGCCAGGCUACUGUGUUGGCGAGCACACCGGUGGUGGACAGGGAGGCGGAGAAGCUGCUCUCGGACCAGAGGCAGUCUCUCAAAGUGCCCCCACGCUCUAAGCGUGGCCCCAGCAGCCCGAAGACAGAGAGAAUCUCCCAGGUCCCCAUUCCUCUGCCCUCAACGAGGUGGGAGGACGCCCAGUCCCCCAUCUUGCCGAACUGCAUCCCAAAGAUGGAGGCCAGAGUGUCCCAAGAGCCCAACAGAAAAUCUCAGGAGACCAUGGGGAUGCCAGGCCAGUGUCCCCUGGCCACUACGGGGUCAUCCUUGGACGUUCUUGUGCCCAAGCUCUUGGAAAUUGAGACUAAGAGGGACUUGGUGAACAAGGUGGAGAAGACAAAGAAAAAACUGAGUAUCUUCACGCCUUGGCCCAGAGGCUUCAGUAGCAAGAUGCCGGACUUAAACCUCAGGCGCUAG